AUGGCGCGGUUGCGUGGCUGUGCGCUCGUGGCGGUGAUGCUGCUCGCUGCCGUCGUGGCGGGCAGUCGCUGUGCCUCUGCGCAAAAGAGCAACCUCUUAGGCGAGGUGAUGGGGGUGCUGGCAACAGAAUGGUCCAACAGCGACCUAGCAUCGUUCACAUGCAAGACCGCCCCGGACGUGCUCCUCUGCAACGACCAGGGCCAAGUGGUCUCCAUGCAGCUGGACGGAGCAGCGAAUGCGGUGACGGGGGGAGAUACCUUCCAGUACCCCACCAUCCCUGCGCAGAUAGGCAACCUCACCACUCUCACCUACCUGAGCAUGUCAUCCAACUCUCUCACCGGCUCUGUGCCAGACUCAUUCACCAACCUCGUUCAACUGCAGUUACUGGAUCUGAGCGCCAACCUGAUAAAGAAGCCCAUCGAUGCCAUCAUGACCCUCUCUGCUCUCACCUUCCUGAACGUGAGUUAUAACCUCAUCAGGGCACCACUGUCGCCAGGCAUAGCCAACCUGCAACAACUAGUAUACCUGGACACUUCGGGGAACAACGUGACAAAGGUGGACGCCCUCUCCACCCUCACCAACCUGCAAUCCCUGAUAAUUCAAGAAUGCGGGAUAGGCCCUGCGCCUCUAACCAUUUUCACCCCGUUGACAGCAUUACAGGACUUAGUUCUGUACGACAACUCGUUUGAAGGCUCUCUUGCUGCCCUCUCAACACUCACUAGCCUACAACACCUGAACUUGGGCUCCAACAAUAUAGGACCAGACAUACCAUCCACCAUCUCCCGCCUCUCCAAGCUCUCCUACCUCGAUCUUUCAUAUACUCUCCUGAGUGGCCCCAUCGACCCGCUCACAACCCUCCCUGCACUGAAAGACCUGUUCCUAUUCAACACCGCUGUAUCAGGCUCUUUUCCUGAGUCCAUCUCACGCCUGUCUCACCUCUCCAUGCUGGUGAUCAGCAGGACCAACUUCACGGGCUCCCUUCCUGCAUCCCUAGGCCAGAUGCUCAGUCUCACCUACUUUUACCUGGAUAAGACAACCAUGGUGGGGUCGCUUCCAGCAGCCCUGGGUAACCUCACUCGCCUUCAGCAGAUCUCGUUUGAGCCCAUGAGCAACACGGUGGGGCCAAAGUGCGGCAAGGGGGGAGCGUGCGUGGUGAAUCAGACGGCAGAGUCCGCCUUCUGCAACUCCUGCCUGGACUUCUGCAUCUCCUGCUCGCCCCCGGGCCUCUGUGCUGGCUGCAAAGUGUGUACCCACACGGCACAGGUGCACGAGAUGGCAACGAAGCACCACCCCAACUUGGUGCGCCUGCUGGGCUACGCCACGUGUGGGGACCUGCGGGAGCGCAUCGAGCAGAUCCUCGUCUACGAGUUCAUCUCCCAUGGGGACCUUGACAAAUGGCUCAGUGCAGGUGGGGGGUGUAUGAUUGCAUGA